UAUUUUAUUAAUAUUCACCCUCACCCCACUUCGCUAUUGGAUUUCUCUUCAACCUCCCUCUCUUUCCGUUCCUGAUUCUAAUACUCUUCUCGAAACCCCAGAGAGCGACGGUUCCAUCGUCUACAUCCCCUUUUCCGGCGAAAAAACCUAUCGCAAUUCCCGCCGGAAUUACCCUAUUCGUCGGUGGACCAGUUCCCUCGGUCUCCCUCCAUGAAUCCGGAGUACGAUUAUUUGUUCAAGCUUCUGCUUAUUGGUGACUCUGGUGUUGGCAAAUCAUGUCUUCUUCUGAGGUUUGCGGAUGAUUCGUAUUUGGAGAGUUAUAUCAGCACAAUAGGAGUUGAUUUUAAAAUACGCACUGUGGAGCAGGAUGGGAAAACCAUUAAACUUCAGAUAUGGGACACUGCUGGGCAAGAACGCUUCAGGACAAUUACUAGCAGCUACUACCGAGGAGCUCAUGGAAUUAUUGUGGUAUAUGAUGUGACAGACCAGGAGAGCUUCAAUAAUGUUAAGCAGUGGUUGAAUGAGAUUGACCGUUACGCAAGUGAAAAUGUCAACAAGCUUCUGGUUGGAAACAAGUGUGAUCUUACUGCAAACAAAGUUGUGUCAUAUGAGACAGCCAAAGCAUUUGCCGAUGAAAUUGGUAUCCCUUUCAUGGAGGCUAGUGCCAAAAAUGCAACUAAUGUAGAGGAGGCUUUCAUGGCCAUGGCUGCUGCAAUUAAGAAUAGGAUGGCGAGCCAACCAGCUAUGAACAAUGCUAGGCCUCCGACGGUGCAGAUUCGUGGACAACCUGUCAACCAGAAGAGUACUUGCUGCUCUUCCUAGAUUGGCGAUUUGGCAUGUUAGAUCAGCUGAACUUUAUAUUUGGGAACUGCAGGCCUCGUUAUUUUCUUCUCUAUUCAUUAAAAUUUGAUGGCAUUAUUCAAUUCUUUCUUAACUAUUUGUUUUAAGUCUGUACAAAUUGGGAUUCAGAUAAUAGUUUUGCAGUUCCUAUUUGAUGCUGAA